AAUUAAAACAAAAUUUUCUAAACAUCUUGUCUUCAACAACAUUGGAACAGCUCUGAGCUCUCUCUGGUCCUCAAUCGUGAGCUCAUUCGAACCGCCACCACCGCCACCGCCACCACCACGACGUCCUCCAUCGCCUCCCAGUGUGGAGGAUCCUCAGAGAACCGAAGAUUAAUUUAAUAAGAGUGUUGAUUAAUAUCCUCCAGUUGCAACACCCUAACUCCCUAAGUCACACUCACACCGUCACAGCACCGUGAUUUUCUGCAGACCAAAGAUCCCUAAUUUAAUCGCACGUCGUCGUUCCUGCCAGCAGAACACAGAGGCCACCGUCGUGUGUUGUUCAAUCUAAGCAAUGGGUGGUGAUACAGCAUUUUUGGAGCACCCCAUAUCAGAAGAUACACUUCAGUUACUCUUUGAAGCCUCCAACUCUUCUAACAUGGAAAAGUCCUUAGAGAUUCUCAUUCAGAAUGCCAAAUCUGAUUCUGGGCGUUUGGAACUAGCUUCUAAAAGGAUUCUCCCUGCAGUACUUAAUAUAGUUCACUCACUCACUCAUGCUUCACAUCACCAUCACCAUCAGCAUAAUCAUAUUCUUUGUUUGUCUUUCAAGCUCCUCAGAAACUUGUGUGCUGGAGAAGCUGCAAACCAGGACUCAUUUCUUGAGCUUGAUGGGGUGGCGGUUGUUUGUAGUGUUCUGAGGUCAGAGGCUGCUUGUUCAGGCCCUGAUCAUGGAUUGGUUCGGUGGGGUCUGCAGGUUCUGGCAAAUGUUUCUUUGGCGGGAAAACAGCAUCAAUGUGCUAUUUGGGAAGAGCUCUAUCUGGAUGGGUUUGUAUCACUUGCUAGACUUCACACCAAGGAGACUUGUGACCCGUUGUGUAUGGUGAUUUAUACAUGUUGUGAUGGAAACCCGGAAUGGUUUAAACGGUUGUCCAGUGAGGAUGGAUGGUUUGUAAUGGCAGAAAUUGUGAGAACUGCCUCUUCUGCUAGUUUUGGUGAGGAUUGGUUGAAGUUGCUUCUUUCAAGAAUAUGCCUCGAAGAGUCUCAAUUGCCCGUGUUGUUUUCCAAAUUGCAGUUUGCGGAUGUUCCUAAGGUUGAAGUUGCUGAGUCAAAAGAUGAUCACUUUUCAUUUGAACAAGCAUUUCUUCUGCGAAUCCUAUCAGAAAUCUUGAAUGAACGGCAUAAAGAUGUUACUGUUUCAAAGGAUGUUGCAUUGUUUGUUUUUGGGAUAUUCAAGAAUUCUAUUGGGGUUCUUGAACAUGCAACGAGAGGGAAGUCUGGUCUUCCUAGUGGCUUUGUUGGGGUUGAUGUUCUUGGCUACUCUCUUACCAUACUGAGGGACAUUUGUGCUCAAGAUGGUGUGAGAGGUAAUACAGAGGAUUCAAAUGAUGUUGUUGAUGCGCUAUUGUCAUAUGGCCUCAUAGAGUUGCUUUUGUAUUUGCUUGAAGCCCUUGAACCUCCAGCAAUAAUCAGGAGAGGACUCAAACAAUGUGAGAAUCAAGAUGGUGCUAGUUGUUCCUUCAAACCAUGCCCUUAUAAGGGCUUCAGGCGAGACAUAGUUGCACUUAUUGGCAACUGUGUUUAUAGAAGGAAGCAUGCACAAGAUGAAAUCCGACACAGGAAUGGAAUUCUACUUCUAUUGCAGCAGUGUGUUACUGAUGAAGAUAAUCCUUUCCUGAGAGAAUGGGGCAUAUGGUCUGUAAGGAAUAUGUUGGAGGGCAACGAUGAGAACCAAAAGGUAGUUGCUGAAUUGGAGAUUCAAGGAUCUGCUGAUGUGCCUGAAAUUACUUCACUUGGUCUCCGAGUGGAAGUUGAUCAGAGAACCAGACGUGCAAAGCUUGUAAACAUCCCGUGAAAGAUCACUAUAACUUGGUUGAAUCUAUGCAUAUUAGUCUUAACUAACUAGUACGGUGAUAUGGUCUCUUGGUUGGAUUUUAGGUUGGGACUCUUUUCCCGUUUUCUUUUUCUUUUCAAAUUGGAACUGCUGUUUCUUUUGUCAAUGGAAGUUCGGAAGAAAAUUCAUAUUUAGAAUAGAAAUUGUAGAUGUCCAAACAAUUUUGCAGAAUCCCCAUCAAUACCCAUGACAAUUUAUCAAGCAAUGUCAGAUGGGGGAGGAAAAAGCCAAACAGCAGAACAAAGGCAAUAUAAAUAUAAACAUUGAGAAAUGUGUUUAUUAUUGGGUAAGGAAGUGGGGUUAUGUAGUUUAUUAUAUUUUGGUUUUAGUUGUAUAAUAUCAUUAGAUACUAUCUUUUGAUUUCUCUUACCAGUUUUAUCUAUUCCAUGUGCAUAUGUUAAUAUGUAAUCAAUUGACUUCUUAAGUUUUAAUUUCAACAGAUUUUUUUUUGCUGUU